UUUAAGAAGUACUUAAAGUAAGUUAUGAUGGGCUAGAUGAUAAGGAGAAGAAUAUACUACUAGACAUUGCAUGUUUCUUUAAAGGAGAGGAUAAAGAUUAUGUAAUGGAAAUACUAGAUGGUUGCGGCUUUUUCUCACUUAGUGGAAUACGAGCUCUCAUUGAUAAGUCACUCGUAACUAUUUCUUGGAGUAAUGAGAUAAUGAUGCAUGACUUAAUACAAGAAAUGGGUAGGGAAAUUGUUCGUCAGCAAUCCCUUGAAGAGCCUGGUAAACGUAGCAGAUUAUGGUUUCAUGAAGAUAUCAAUGGCAUAUUGAAAAAAAAUACGGUAAGAGCAAAAAAAAUAUAUGAAAUUUAUUUUAUGUAGCACAAAUUAAGAUAAGAAAUCAAGAAUUGUUUUACUUUAAAUAUUUAUAUGUUGAUAAACUUUAGUAAGAUUUUAUGCAUUAUGCAUGCUUUUCACUUACUCUAUUUCUUGGCCUGUAGGCAACUGAAAAAAUUGAAGGCAUAUUCCUCAACUUGUCUCAUUUAGAAGAGAUGUUAUACUUUACCACUCAAGCCCUUGCAGGGAUGAAUAGACUUAGAUUGCUCAAAGUCUAUAACUCUAAAAAUAUUUCAAGAAACUUCAAAGAUACCUCCAAUAUGGAGAAUUGCAAAGUGAACUUUUCCAAGGACUUUAAAUUCUGUUACCAUGAUUUGAGGUGCCUAUAUUUUUAUGGAUACUCUUUGAAAUCAUUGCCCAAUGACUUCAAUCCAAAGAAUCUUGUUGAGCUCAGCAUGCCUUAUAGUCGCAUUAAACAACUUUGGAAAGGAAUCAAGGUUCUUGCAAAUUUGAAAUUCAUGGAUCUCAGUCACUCUAAGUACUUAAUAGAAACUCCAAAUUUUCGGGGAGUCACCAACCUCAAACGGUUAGUUUUGGAAGGAUGUGUGUCUUUACGUAAGGUGCACUCAUCACUUGGAGAUUUGAAGAAUCUCAUUUUCUUGAAUUUGAAAAACUGCCAAAUGCUAAAGAGCCUUCCAAGUAGCACUUGUGAUUUGAAGUCUCUUGAAACGUUUAUUCUUUCUGGUUGCUCCAAAUUUAAAGAAUUUCCUGAGAACUUUGGGAGCUUAGAAAUGUUGAAGGAACUUUAUGUAGAUGAAAUUGCUAUAGGAGUACUUCCCUCCUCUUUUUCUUUCUUAAGAAACCUUCAAAUAUUAUCCUUUAAGGGAUGUAAAGGACCAUCAUCUACCCUAUGGUUGUUGCCAAGAAGAAGUUCAAAUUCCAUUGGUUCCAUAUUGCAACCUUUGUCAGGUUUACGCUCUUUAAUAAGACUAAACCUAAGUAACUGCAAUUUAUCGGAUGAACCAAACCUUAGCAGUCUUGGCUUCUUAUCAUCAUUGGAAGAGUUAUAUUUAGGUGGGAACGACUUUGUUACUUUGCCUUCAACCAUCAGUCAACUUUCUAACCUAACGUUGUUGGGGUUGGAAAAUUGUAAAAGACUGCAAGUACUUCCAGAGCUUCCAUCAAGCAUAUAUUAUAUAUGUGCAGAAAAUUGCACAUCAUUAAAAGAUGUCUCAUAUCAAGUACUUAAGUCACUACUUCCAACUGGCCAGCAGCAAAAGCGCAAGUUCAUGGUUCGCGUUGUGAAACCGGAUACAGCCUUGGCGGUUUUGGAAGCAUCUAAUCCUGGGAUUAGAAUACCACAUAGGGCAAGUUGUCAGAGGAUCGAUCCCGUUGUGAAACUGGGUAUAGCCAUAGUGGCUUUAAAAGCAUUUAUUCCUGGGAGUAGAAUACCAGAUUGGAUAAGGUAUCAGAGCUCAGGGAGUGAAGUAAAAGCAGAGCUACCUCCAAAUUGGUUUAAUUCCAACUUCCUGGGUUUUGCUUUUAGUUUUGUCACUUGCGGCCAUUUCUCUUGCCUCUUCACGUUGAAAGCGGAUGUCUUGUUUGAUUGGACAUCCAGGGACGAUUCUUCCUCCGUUGAUAUCAUUAUUGUCGAAAUGAUUUCCUUUAAGAGAAGGUUGGAGUCGGAUCACGUGUGCCUGUGUUAUGUACCACUUCCCCAGUUGCGGAAUUGCUCUCAAGUGACUCACAUCAAGGUAUCAUUUAUGGCAGUCUCCAGGGAGGGUGAGAUUGAAAUUAAGAGGUGUGGGGUUGGUAUAGUGUACAGUAAUGAAGAUGGGAAUCACAACAAUCCCCCAAUGAUCCGAUUCAACUCUAUCUCCUCUCCUCCUCCUCCUCCUCGUAGUAAGUCAACCGUUGUCCUUGAAGAAAUCCAUGAGGAGGAACCUAGUGGAAAUGGGCGCUCUAAUGUUGAUGGCUCAGAAGAAGUGAGGAGGAGGAACCUAGAACUGCUACUGUCUGCUCUGAGGAUCGCUCUGAAUCAGAUGUUCGGCCACAGAAAUGCUUGAAAUGCAGGCAUUAAUGAGGACGUCCCGUGAUCAGGAGAAACAGACCAGAUAAAUGCUUAAUAUGCACCCAAACCUUCCCAUAACAUCUCUUGAGUCCCCAGGUCUGUCUCUAGGUUGAUCAUCUUCAGUAGACAUACCAAUGCCUCCAUAUUGCUUUUGCAGUGGGCAAUGCAAUGCAAUUAACUGGGGUGAUGUAUUGACGAGGGGAUUAUUCUAGUGAAGGUGGAGAAGCAGAAGCGGAGGCACGAGGAGAAUAGAGAAAAGGUCUUGUAACAGAACCCAAUCUUCCAGAAUCUAAUUGUUGUUGCAUUGUUUUUUCUUCAUUCUACGUAACUAAAGGAUUCACAGUACUCUAAAUUGUUAGAUUCUUCACUAGAUACAUUUGUCACAGGUUUCACUACUAUGUGAAGUAUCAGUGGCCAUGCAGCCAAGUGACAGCAUGCUUCAAAUUAAACCUCAGCAGAACCCUGGCCACCCUUACAUUUGAUUGCAUUCCUUUUACUAUCUCUACCUUGCAUCGUACUUCAAAAGUCUACAUUUGAUCUCACACUCUCUUGCUUGGCCUCACUUAUAUUUGGUUAUAAUUUAAAUAUGACAUUUCUUGUCCGAUUUCCUUUCUCCAUUGUAGAACUGUUGAUUUUAAGUAGGUCAUAAGUAAAAUUGAGUCAUUGC